AUGGCUGUAAUACAGGGCUCAUGUCACAACUGUCGCGCUCGAAAGGUGCGAUGCGACCGAAACACACCCCGGUGUUUCUCCUGUCAGAUGCGGGGGGUUGAUUGCCAGAUACCGGCAGCUCCACCGCGGAUACUCUGGCUGCGGCCGCGAAAUGCUGCUCAUGGAAAGGGUGACGUGGAGGAGUUGCAUGCACGGCGACGGCCUCUUUUCACAGAAUACCAACUCAGUUGCAAUGCUGCCGAUCUGGUAUGCAUCUUGGGAGACGUAUCGAUAGCUGCGGCCCUGAUUGAGCUAGACCAGCAGGUUUCCAGCCUCCAAGGUAAUGAAGUCACGUCCAUUGGGCCUUUCCAUGCAUUUCGGUUCAUGGACGACAUCUCCUCGCCUCAACCUCACGCGCAGUCGGACACCAGUGCCUUUGCAGGCCUGAACCCGGCAACGUCAGAGGCAAUAACACCAGAAGACCUGGUCGACUUCACGGCUCCCAACGCAAAACUCCUCCUGGAUCACUACCGCCACACCAUUAUCAAUUACCUGGCCCCAGCGCGUGUGAAGUUCAAGUCCCCCUGGGAGAAAGUCUACAUUCCUAGCGUGCUCAGUGCUAUCGGUGAGAUCCUCCUCCAAGGGGACAGUAGCAACGCAAGAGUGUCCCUUCUCUUCUCGGUCCUUGCGAUUAGUGCCUUUAGUCUAGACGGAAAGAUGCUACUAGAAGAUGAAUGCGGCUACUAUGCAAGCGCCCACCUCCUGGGAAAGAUGUAUCGUGCAAGAGCUACUGCACGCUUAAAGCAAUCGCUGAGGGACCUGUCCGCGCGCGGUUCGAAGAAAGAUAAGUAUAAGGAUAUUCUCAUGGCACUUUUGAGUAUGGUGACUAUAUGUAUAGUCAGCGGCGACAUGAACAACGCAGCGCACUAUUUGCGCGACAUCGAGCAGAUUAUCCACCGGUACGGAACGCGCAAAGUCGCCCGAUCGGCGAAAGUGCGCAUGCUGCACAGCAUCUACCUAUACACGCGUGUUUUGACGGAGCGCUCGUGCUUCGACAAACCAGACUUGAAUGCUACAGCGCGUGAUGCUGAGAAGCCCUUCAGCUCCAUCGCGCGCUCACUGCAGGUUUCCACGCUGGACUACAUGGUGGGGCCUGCCUACGUACCUGCUGCAGGUGAUUGGAACCGGGACCUGGAGGAUCCUAAUCCGGAGUUCCGGUCCCCUUUCGAGGACAUCUACUCUCUACCGCAGUCGUUGUUUGAGCUCAUCGCCACGACAACCCGAUUAGCAUCCAGUUUGAGAAGAACAACCAUGCGCGAGUCUUCAGAGCCAACACACCAUAGUGUGCUUAUCGCGAGUAUCAGAAACUUAGAGACUCGAAUCUGCAGCUGGGAGUACGGCACAGAAGAUAUCAAUAGUGCCACACCCAGGCCCCCGAGGGAGCGCUCCCCGUACCACCUCGUCCAGGCGGUCCAUAAAGCCCUAAUCAUCCACUUCCACCGGGCCAUCCGGAAUGUCAACGCAGUCAUCCUCCAACCGCAUGUCCGCGACGUGAUGCUGCAUCUGAUAGCAUACGACGAUUUCAGGCACAGGAUCAAUGACCAAUCGGCAGAUACCUGCUGGCCCGCGUUCAUCGCUGGCUGUGAAGCGCUGGACCCUCGACUCCAGGGGAAGUUCGCCCAGUGGCUGCAUAUCGCAGCACAGACGACUGGGAUCCGGAUGUACACUGUAGCGCUUGAGGCAAUGCGGCAGGUCUGGGAUGCGCGGAGGCGUCCUGGAAGACAGGAUGCGGCUUGGUCCCAGGUGCUGUUUAAUUCCAGUGAUCUGAGGGUGUUGGUGCUGAGCUGA